AUGACUGUCCCCGAUGUUGGGGACAUUCUCGUGUCUUCUCAAUCUGCAUGGAGGAUCGAAAGAGCGUUUGCUGCUGGCCGCAAGGAGGCCCCUGCCGACUUUCAGGACAUUGAGCUGGAGUUGGGCGGCCUUGCUCGGGCAUUGACUUUACUUGCAGAGGCUCUGCAUGCGAAUACAGGUUCUGAUGCAUUACAAGCCGCUGGAGAGAGGAUACAAAAUACCGUCGGUAUGGUCGUGUGGUCCUGCCAACAAACGAUAGGCGACUUGGAUCGCCUGAUCGACCAGUACCAAGUCAUCAAGAAGCAUCGGACUGUGGGCGGAUUCGCAAUCGAAAGAACGUGGAGUAAUGUGAUUCUGACAGAAUACAAAACCAUGCCAUGGACAAGAAAAGGUGGCAACCUGCAAAAUCUUAAACAACUGCUACAGUUGCAUAUAAGCUCUAUUGCUCUGACCACACAAGCGAUACAAAGUAAGUCGCUCGAGCAACUACAAAGUGCCAUAGACCUCAGGACAGACAAAAGGAGUAGUCUGAAUCAAUCGUCUCGGUGUACUCCCGAACACCUUGGUGAAAUUCAAGACCUCAUGCAAACUCUCGCCAUCAUCGAGCCGAUCAUGCAAGCGCCGCCGGUCCCUCCAAAGAACCCUGCGAGAUCAUCUAUCGUGGAAGCUCCGAAACCCUUGGGCACGCUCAUCGCCCCUGCAUCAUCCUCAAGAGCAUCAUCUCCUAGCCGAAAACGAGUUUCGGAAUUUAGUUUCAGUGCAGCCUCUCUUCGUUAUUCAAGUAGUAGCUACGCGUCUUCAGAUGUUGGGGUGAAUGCAGUCGGAUGGUCGAGCCCCAGCACCCCCAAAGAUACAUUUGAUAGCCACCAUGUUCCCAUCUCGUCCAAGAGACCCACUCCACUACCAAGGACAUCUGAGGUGCAGGAGCCAGGUCAGCCGAUCGAGGAUAGGCCUAGGUCAAUACUACCACCUCCUGCCUUAGGUCUCUCUGCGCCUCAUGAAUGGGAAAGACAUAUAUGGAAUGGCUCACGUAGUGGACCGCGUGUCUGCCCAAGUCCACGAGUGAAUGUCAUGCAGCUUCAUCGUAGUUCGACUACCACAAGCCAAAAAACGGCUUUUGAGAAGGAGGCUUUUCGAAAUUCUGCAAUCUUGUGCGACGUCCGUGGAAGCCUCGUUGAAUACUCACAACAACUCGAUGAAGAGGACAGGAAUGAUGUCGAGAUGGUGACAGCUUCCGAAGAGUGCCGCAUUGCUGUUGUACGCAAACGGAUUACAGAUCCAGAGACGAGAAGAGUCCAUGUUGCUACCUCGGUCUGGACAUUGAGUGAUGACGGUGCUGUACGAAUGGAGCUUCGUAUGGCUGAGGAUCAGAUGUACAUCCCAUACUCCAGCUACUUCUCGCUUAGCAAGGUUUCCAUCACCGUAUCCUGCGAGCUGAAAUUUCACAGUGUCAGAUUUGGUGAUAGGCCUGUCAGGAUUGCAAAGUCGAGUUGGGUCAACUACGUCUUUGCAUCUCCCGAUGCCGCAGCGCUUUUCCAAAACGAACUCAUGGGUCGCACACUCCUAGCGACGUUCCGUACUGAGAAGACGAUGCGCAUUCACGCAGGUAUUGGGGCAACUUUCAACUACGCGCAGCAAAUGUGCGCACUGGAGAACCUACGCGUCUGGGAAGACAGCGACAGUGGUGCCAAGAUUGCGCUUAUCCAUUUCUCAGCAAGCUUCCGCAGCGGAUAUCUCGCCUUUUACAUCAAUUCCUCAAUUCACCCGAUCAAGGUGAAGGAUCUCGGCGGGCGUGAAGUCAAAAUCAAGGGACUACGGGUGCCGAUUGACAAGGGCGACAAGGCCAUGCGGAAAGAUAGCUUCGUUGCGAGCAGUGGUCAUGGAGAUGCAACGGAUAGGGUCACAGACAAGGAAGAUGAGGCGAAGAAGAUGGAGAAGGGAAAGAUGAUUUCAGGUGCCAGGAUUGAGUUUCGUACAGAAGCAGAGAAGAGGGAAUUUCUGGAAAUGUGCACGGAAGUGCAGACGCGCUUGAUAGAGCUGCCAGAUUUGAUGGGUGUUCAUUAA